AUGCAUCAGACCUUCCUACUUGUGGCGAUUCUGUGGGGUUGUGCUCAAGUUACCCAAGCCGAUAACCCCAUUGUCCAAACUAUCUAUACGGCAGAUCCUGCCCCGAUUAUCUUCAACAACAGAGUGUACUUAUUCACCGGACAUGAUGAGAACGUAACAACACCGUCUGUCGACAUGCGUGAUUGGCGUCUCUUCUCAUCAGCCGAUAUGGUCAAUUGGCAGCAUCACGGGUCUCCUCUAUCACUCUCGGCAUUCAGCUGGGCUAGUAGAGAUGCAUGGGCUGCACAAGUCAUCGAAAGAAACGGCUUGUUCUACUACUACGUUACGAUCACCAAUGGCGCCACUGUGGGAAGAUCCAUCGGCGUGGCAGUGAGCGAUGAGAUCACGGGUCCUUAUCGAGACGCCAUCGGGGAACCUCUUGUCGAAGAUGUCCAGAUAGACCCAACCAUCUUCAUUGAUGAUGACGGUCAAGCCUACUUAUACUGGGGCAAUCCGGGCCUUUCAUAUGUCAGGCUGAACGAGGAUAUGAUCUCAUACAGCGGCAACCCAAUCCAGGUUGAACUCACAGUGGAGAGCUUCGGAGAACGACUCGGAAACCCUGAUCGCAAUAGUACACUUGAGGAGGGCCUUUGGUUUUACAAACGCAACGGCCUGUACUAUACGGUCUCCGCUGCAAGCUGCUUUGGAGGUGGCAAUAACCUUCGCUCAGUCUCAGUCGAGAGCUUCACCUACACCUCGAAUGGUUCGAUUCCUCAGAUAAAUAUGACUGUAGAGGGGCCAGAGCAAGUUGUUGCACUGAACCUAUACAUUCGCCAGGAGGCAGAGACAAUCGCAUGGUCUCAAGGCAUCCAGACCGAUGCGAUUGGUGAUGGUGGCAUCCAGGUCUCUUUCAUUGAAAACGGGGGUUUCAUUAAGGUUAAGGGUGUUGGGUUUGACAAUGGUGCAACCGAGUUCAGGGCGCGAGUUUCGUCAGCUACCACUGGCGGCGAUAUCGAAUUGCGUAUCGAUAACAGGGCUGGUUCGCUUAUUGGAGUUUGUCAUGUGCCAACAUCUGGAGGUUGGGAUGUUUGGAUCACUGUAUCCUGCCCAGUGGUUGAUGCCGAUGGUACUCAUGACCUGUGUCUCAAUUUUGCUAGCAACGGAGGGGACUAUCUGUUUAACUUUGAUUGGUGGCAGUUUCAGUAA